AUGGGUAUCAUGAACGGGGAUAUAGAAAUUGACUCACAAUUUUUGGGAACGUCUCAAAAUACUCCUGUGUCAGUUUCUGAUUCUCCACCUCCACCUCCACCACAAGUUGAAAAUGCUUCUUCUACAAAAGGAAAACGGGGCUCUAACUUUAGUUACAAUACAUCUGGUACCACACGUAUUGUUAUCUCCUUGCUAAGUCGUUGGGGAACAAUUAGUGAAAAGACAAAUAAGUUUGCUGGUUGUAUGGCUCAAGUUAACGCACUUCAUCAAAAUGGUAUAACUGAAGAAGAUAAGAUUACCAAUGUGAAGGCUUUGUAUUUAGAGAAGCACAAGAAACCCUUUCUUCUUGACCAUUGUUGGCUCAUGUUAAAGGACCAACUAAAGUUUGCCGAUCCUAACAAUGCUAGAUCGAGAUCAUCCGUGCCUCCAACUUCGGAGUCAAUAUCUAUUAGUGAAGGGGAUUGUGGGUCUAGACUUGGUGACACUUCCAAUUUUGAGAGACCUAUUGGUAGGAAGGCCGAAAAGGCCAUCCGAAAGAAAAAAGCUAUUGGAAAAGAUGUAGGAGAAUAUUUGAACAAGAAAUUGAAAUUGAUUGAGGAUGUAACUCGGUUGGAAGAGGAAAAAAUGUCUUUUGAGAGGGAAAAACUUGUGAUUGAGAAGGAAAGUAGGGAAGAAAAACUUAAGAUUGAGAAGGAAAGAAUUAUGAUUGAGAAGAAAAAAUUUGAGCGGGAAGAAAGCUUAGACUUUAAUGUAUUUUGUAGUGGCUUAUGUCACUUGAUGAAUUAUCUUAAACUAGAUGUUGCAUCCAUGAAUCACUAUUUGUUUUGCAAGUUCCUUCUUGAUGACUCAGAUGAAGAUGAGAUAAUCGAAGAACUUGUUAUGGAAACAUCACAACCUAAAAUUCAUCGUCGUUCUAUCCAACGUAAUCAUUUGGUAAAAGCUCAUGACUUUUACUUUGUCCAAAAAAGAAAUAGUGCCAACAGACUUGAAUACUUGAGAAAGCCAAAUAAUGAAGACAUUGCUAGAUUGUUAGCUCACGGCGAACGCCGAGGUUUUCCAGGUAUGUUAGGUUUAAUUGAUUGCAUGCAUUGGAAGUGGAAAAAUUGUCCAUCUGCAUGGAAAGGUCAAUAUUGUGGUCAUAUUCGUGAGCCUACUAUUAUUUUGGAGGCAGUAACAUUAUAUGAUCUUUGGAUAUGGUAUGCAUUUUUUGGGUUACCUGGGUCAAAUAAUGAUAUUAAUGUGUUAGAGCGAUCUCAUGUAUUUAAUGAAUUUGCUGAAGGACGUGCUCCUAUAAUACAUUACUCAAUUAAUGGUCAUAACUACACUAUAAGAUAUUACCUUGCUGAUGGCAUAUAUCCAAAGUGGGCAACAUUUGUAAAAACAAUCUCAGCUCCACAAAGACAGAAGUAUAAAUUAUUUGCCGCAGCCCAAGAGGCGUAUAGGAAGGAUGUUGAGCGUGCAUUUGGAGUGCUUCAAGCACGUUUCGCAAUUGUUCGUGGACCUGAACGAUUUUUUCAUCUUGAAACACUCAAAAAGAUCAUGAAAGUGUGCAUAAUUCUCCAUAACAUGAUUGUUGAAGAUGAGUGCGAAGAUAAUGAAGUGGUAGACUUGGAUUAUGAACAAAAUGAUGGAGUGGAUAAUCCUCCUCUGCAAAUGUUACGUGAACAAAGUGAUGAAUUUUUGUCAUACAUUGAGAGGCACAGAUGCAUUAGAGACCGAGAAAUUCAUUUUCAACUCCAAUCGGACCUUAUUGAACAUUUAUGGCAAUUGCAAGGCGAGUCGUAG